AUGAUCGUCUGCAUCGCAGUCGUCGGCCACCAGAACAAUCCUUUGUACAUACAGAGCUUUACAGAGGCAGAUGACGCGCUCAAGCUUCAUCACAUUGUCCACUGCUCUCUCGAUGUGGUUGACGAAAGAGUGAACAAUCCAAAAAAGUCUGCCCCGACACUCAAUGAAACAUUUCUUGGUUUGCUCUAUCCUACGGAAAACUACAAAGUGUAUGGUUAUUUAACUAACACCAAGGUGAAGUUCAUAAUGGUGACAACAGAUCUGGACGUCCGAGAUGCAGAUGUGAGAAAUUUUUUCAGGCGGUUCCAUGCUGCUUAUGUCGAUGCAGUUUCAAACCCAUUUCAUGUUCCAGGCAAGAAAAUAACUUCCCGAACUUUUGCUGAAAGAGUCAGCACAAUUGUCAAGUCCUUCGGAUUGAAUUCAGCUGGCUGA